AUGAAUCGCCAAAGGCCUCACCUUAAGAAUGGGGUCGAUCUCCAGCUGCAGUCGGCCUUUCAAGACGGCAACUGGCCCGUUGUGAUUCGCCUGGCCGAGAAGCGAGCCAAGACGCUCAACGAUCAGUACUAUGAGGCCGUCAAAAUCUGCGCCGAGAGCCAGGUGGACGAUCCAGCCGCCAAGUUCGCUGCAGUUGCGGCUGUCUGGAAGUUUGUCAAGGAGGGAAGCACUGUCAAGGAUGUAGAUGCUCUUGACUUGUUGGAAUGGGCCACGACGAAUCUGCUGGACCAGGACGACUUUGCCGAGACGCUGGGUCCGUUGAGAGUGCGCGCUGUCAAGGCCGCCCCGAAGGACAAGUUUGCCGCAACUCGAUGUCUCGAAUCAUGCUUGCUUCACUGGGAUCUGGCCAGCGCUCAACAGAUUGCGGCCAUCAUCGACCGCUCUUUUCCACAGGACAGGGACAUGCUGUUCUGGAACAUUGUAGUCACGCAUCUUCUUUCUAUGAGUCCUCAGGCCUCACCCGAUAAGAGGAAAUUGUACGGUACAUUGGCCCAGAAACAGAUUGAGCGAGCUGCCCAAGUCACAGAACAGGCUGAAGCAAACUCAAACGAGACAGCAGCCAAGCCUCCACCGAGACGUGUCAAGACUGAGGAAGAGACUCUCCUGCUCUACGACAUUGUCGAGACACAUGGAACCCCCCAAGACUUCCUCAAACUCAUCUCCAGUCCCGUAUUCUCUCCAGCCGCGCAAUUUCGCCAAGGCCGAAAAGAGGUGGCCCUGCGCGCAAUUGUCAAGUUCAGAAGAGACGGCGACUGGCUUGCCGUGUUCAACCUCUGCAAGGAUUGUCUCAGCGAUUGCGACGCUGAUGGACAAUUGACUUUGCUCGCAUCUGACAUUACUGUGUGGCGGCAUAUAAUUGAUGCUGCAGGACAUAUCAAGGAUGCCGAGCCAGAUGAUGAAAGUGACUUGCUGGACGGUCGUCCCUCGUCGCUACGACUUCAAGAGCUGAUUCACUACCUUGAUGAUCAGUAUACUAGCCCUGCUUGUUUCAGUGAUGUCAAAACGUUGAUGGAAAGCCUAGAUGCGAACGGCUUGAAGUAUCUCGCGUUUGUUCACUUGCCCCAGCUGGUAGAUGGCGAUGAGAAAAGCUCCAAGGCAGCCAUCACAAGACUAUUGGUUUCAAAAACACAGUAUCUACUCUUGACACACCGGAAAACGAAAUCCGGGGGCCAAGAUCAGCAGCUUCAAUGUACUGUUUGUGAAGCCACGGUGAAAACAGCGUUGUGCAACACUUGCCUCUCGCGGCUUUCCGAGGCAAGUGUGGCGUUUUACGACUCAAUUACGAAAUCCGACGGCGAAAACACGAAAAUCAAGACCGAGGUGCUCCCAGAACUUGCAAUACUAAUUGCUUUUUGCAGCCUCAACUUGGCUUUUGAUGGUCCUGCAAAGACUGGUCAGCCGCUGAAAUCAACGGCAGCACGUCAUCUCAUUCGAGCUACUCUCCUGCUGGAUGACCAGCUCGCACAGAAUCCGGCCCACAGUCAGCUAUCUCUCGUUUUGACACAACUACACAUGCGUCUUGGCUCAGCCUACAGGGCCGCCGAUGUUUGGGAUGUUAUUGGCGUCAAGCGCACCACUAUCGAUUCUCUCGGGCCCAUUUUCUACGAUCGCCUAUCAACAAUUGCCCCUGCGCUCCUAUCGUCUCAUGAUAGUUGGGGAAGCCAUCUCAUGGACCUUUUGCAAUCUCACUAUCAGAUAUCGUUGAAGCUCAGGAUGCCUCGACGCUUGGUCGAUGCAUUUGAGUCAGGAAGCUACAGCAGCGUGAUGGGAAUACCAAAGUAUAUUGAUCGCCUUCGGAUGAGUUGUACCCGCGCAAUGAGUCUAGCAGAAGCGAGAAGGAUCGAAAGACUCUUGGGACAAACAUCACAUGAGCUAGAGUCAGAUCCGCGAUUCAACGAGGUGGAUGAUGAAUCACAUCUCAUCCAGACAAUCGACUAUGGGUCGUUUCCAUCCUGGAACAGCGGCACAACCCAGCCGAUGCAUCUUAAUCUCAGGCUUGGGCCAGCCCCAUCAGUAAGUGAAGCAUUGUCUGCCCAACCCCCGCCUGACAUUCAAGCUGACAUCAACGACCCUAAGAAUCGCCGGUGCCACUUGUCCCUGUUAUCUGAAGCAUUCCAUGCACUGCUGGCCUAUAAACCCCCCGCUAGCUAUAAAACAUCGGCCGGGAGCUUGGAAUAUGACCACAUCUAUGUUAUCGAGACAUUGGCACGCCUCAGCAACUCGUUCCCGAAGUUCUUGGCCGGUCCGGAUGACGAAAUGACUCGAUCAGAAUUCUUGUACUUUGAGGCCGUCAGCCUCAUCUGUACUUUAAUGUCCCUGUGUGUCGAAUUUGACAGAUCUUCCGACAGCUCUGAUGCUCUGACUCAAAUCAUCGAUGCACUGAAGUUGGUCUUAGCAAACCAGCGAGACCAAAUAUUGCACGAGAAAGCGUCUUCAAUAGAUCGAACGAUUACAAUGCUUAGCUCGAUGCACAACAUCACGAUGCUUCGGGACACGACGGCAGCGAUUAAGCUAGGUUCUCAGUGGAUCUUGAACCACAACGAGAGGGAAAAGGCGCGAGAUAGGUCAGGGAAGAGCGGCCUUCCCAAGGACUUGGCUUCUCAAUUCAAAGACUUGCAAACAGCUGCCGAAGCGACCAUCAAGGAAAGCCAGGGUUGGAUCUCAGAGCUCAAGACGGAAAUCGUGUCGAGGGAUUUCGAGCCUAAGCUGAAGAGAUGGCUUUUGGAUGGUGAGCACGAGAUCAAGAGCAUUCUCAGCAUGGACUCGCUGCCCGCGCUGAUUGAUAGCUGGCAAUCAAACGUCAAGGGAUGGCAGCAGGUGAAAUGGGCAUAG